GUCAACUUCUAGAUAGCUGUCUUCCGGGCUCGUGGGAGCCACGCAGGUCCUCCAGUGUUUUUCUCUCCUUCUCCCCACUUCCUGCUCUCUCUUCUGGUUGUCGGCCAUGGAAUCAAGCGAGGAGAAGGUGUUUCUUGCGACGAGUAUCGCAAGCCUGUCUCUUGUGGCUCUAGCCAGCAUUCCUACCGCAUUAUCCAUUGCUCGUCGCCUCAACGGGCAGUUCCGUUCUAGCUCCCGAAAUGCCCUCAUCUCAACGACCGAGUCCGUGGUAUAUGUAGACGAAGAUGGAGAGGCAACAAAAGAUUCGGUAGAGGUCUUCUCGGGCAAAUGGCAGAGGAUCUCUGCCAUACUCCUCUCCUUUGCUGGGCUCGGUGCCUCUGUCUCACAGACCCUGCUGGUGGGAGAGACUGACAAUCGGAUCCCGUUCAUUCUCCAGGACAGCAUUUGGGUCCUCUUGUCCGUUCAAGCUGCGACCCUAUCCCUCGAACCAUGGCCCACUCGACGCUUUCGCCUGAGCCAGUAUGCGUACUGGACCAGCAUCUUGGCCAUGGUAAUUCCCGGCCUCGGCAUUGGUCUGGAAUGGCGCAAGUCGGACUGGUUCGACUACAUGUCCUUGUCCUCCAGGCUCCAAGCCGCUCAACUUGCUGCUGCCAGCCUUCAGGCAGUCUGCUGCAGUUGCCUCCCUCGACGUCCCGACGUGUUCCAUAAUGGUCGCCUGGUGGAUAAACAGUACACUGUUUCCAUUCUGAGCCGCUUCACCUUUAGCUGGGCUAACGGGCUUCUGCAAUAUGCGACCCAUAACCGGAAUCUGGGCAUCAACGACCUGCCCGAGCUGCCCUUCUCCGCACGCUCCGACGUCCUCCUCAAACGACUUGAACAAAAAAGAACGGGAAGCCGUAAACUGUGGCGUGUAUUGCUCGCGGGCCACCUUUGGUCGAUUGUCUUCCAGCUCCUGCUCGGCAUCGUCUCGUGCCUCCUCAGCUUCGGCCCGCAGAUCGCCCUGUAUGCGAUUCUGAAGUCGCUCGAGCAGCGGCAGGGACCAGCCUGGGAUGCCGCCGAGUCCUGGAUAUGGGUGCUUGUCCUUGGCGUGCUGAUGCUCCUCUGUGCGGCUGUUGAGUCCUGGCUGUCCUGGAUCAUAUACGCGGAUAUCGGAAUUCCCAUCCAUGAAGAGCUCACGGCGAUGGUGUUUGGCAAAUGUAUGCGGCUCAAGGAUACCGGACACACGACACAGGGCACUAGCAGCCAAGUAUCAACCGGGAAGGAGAAAGAAGACCGGCAACUCAAGGACGGCCAGCGCAGCAUUCUCAACCUAGCAGCGGUAGAUGCCAGGCGGAUCGCCGACUUCGCAUCGGCCCACUAUCUCAUCCCGACUUAUCUCCUGAAGCUUGUCGUUGCAUGCAUUCUCCUAGUCGAGUUGAUCGGCUGGGAGAGUCUCGUCGCCGGACUGUCGGUGGCUGCACUGGUUACCCCCAUCAAUACCUUUCUGACGAGGCGGAUGGGCCGCAUCCAGGGCAACCUGAUGCGGGCCACCGACAGCCGGGUAGCAGUUCUCACGGAAUGCCUGCAGGGGAUCCGCCAAGUCAAGUUCUGCGCCCUCGAGGAGCAGUGGCAGGCGCGGAUUGCCGAGAGACGUGAGACAGAGCUCCGGUGGCUCUGGACCUCGAUGCUGUACCGAGUCGGACUUAUUUCUCUCUGGAUAUUCUUCCCCCUGAUCCUGUCUGCCAUCUCGUUGACGGUGUAUUCCCUUAUCCACAACGAACUGACGCCCUCGGUGGCAUUCACUGCGAUGUCGGUCUUCGGUGGAUUAGAGGCGGCCCUGGCUAGCCUACCGGAUCUCCUUGCCAAAGGCGUGGAGGCUCAAGUGAGUGCACGUCGCAUCGACGACUUCAUGUCUUCUUCGGUGGAGACGGUGUCGAAUGCGACAGCUGGUAACACCAUCUCCUUCACACGUGCCACGCUCGCAUGGCCGGCCCAGAAACACCAUCAACGGCAACAAGAAUCGUUUCUCCUGCGCGACCUGAACUUGACGUUCCCAGCCGGAGGGCUCAGUCUGAUAGCCGGCAGGACAGGCUCCGGCAAGAGUCUUCUCCUGGCUUCCAUCCUCGGUGACUGCGAUGUAGCCGCAGGUCUAGUCAAUGUACCGAUGGCGCCACCGGCCGCCGAACGAUACGACCACCUAGCCACCCCCGCCGACUGGAUCAUCGACUCGGCCCUGGCAUGCGUCACCCAGACACCCUGGAUCGAAAACGCGACAAUCCGGGACAACAUCCUCCUCGGCCUCCCCCACCACCCAUCCCGCUACCACAACGUCCUCUUCGCCAGCGGCCUAGAUCCAGACCUAGCCGUGCUCCCCGACGGCGACCUCACCGACAUCGGCGCAAACGGCGUGAACCUCAGCGGCGGGCAGCGGUGGCGCGUAGCCCUGGCGCGGGCCCUGUACUCGCGGGCGGGCAUCCUGGUCGUCGACGACAUCUUCAGCGCCCUGGACGCGCACACGGGCCGCCACGUCUACGAGCACGGCCUCGCCGGCGAGCUGGCCAAGGGCCGCACCCGCGUCCUGGCCACCCACCACGUCGGGCUGUGUCUGCCGCGCAGCGACUACUGCGUUCUGCUCGAUGGGGGUUGCGUGCGGUGGGCCGGGGCUGUGGAUGAUGUGGCACGGGCGGACGUCCUUUCGCAGCUCGCUAUCCCUCAGGAGGGGGAACGGGCGGUUGGUCACGGGAAAGUGGAGGAGGAGGGGGGCCUGUCCUCAAGACCGCGCCACGCGCCGGGGGAGGGCGCGGCUCUCGCUACUCUCUCCUCCAAGAAGUUCGUCCAGGAAGAGGGCAGGGCGACGGGAUCGACCCCGUUGUCGCUGUACACGAGUUAUUUUAGGAGCAGCAAGCGACUCCUUCCGUGGGCUCUCGCAUUCGUUGCCUUCCUUGUCUACAUUGCCCUCCUUCUUGGCCGCUCGCUUUGGAUGAGUGUCUGGACCGGUGCCGCUGAUCCACAUCACACCCCCGAGAAUCAGGCCCUGCUUGUUUCAAACCAGCAUUUCCAUACUCCGCCAACUAGUACGAUGAACUCGCCGAUCUUCCAUGCCGUUGACGGUGACCUCGCUCUGUACAUCGGAGUGUACGUGGGAAUAUCCGUUGCCGCCUGCGUCAUCGGCGCGAUGAGGAUGUUACUCCUCCUCUUCGCCGCUAUCGAGUCAUCCCGGAACUUGUUCAACGACCUGUUAUUCACAAUCCUCCGUGCUCCAAUGCGAUGGCUCGACACCUGUCCACAGGGCCGCAUUCUCAACCGCUUCCUCGCCGACAUGUCGCUUCUGGACGGGAGGCUCGGAUACAACCUCGGUCUCUUCCUAGGCAGGUCCCUCGAGAUCGUGGGCAUCGCCGUGACGAGUGCCCUGGUCUGCUCGCCUCUCCUCGCCACCGCCGUCGUCCUGCUCGGCGUCUGCGUUCGCCUGGCCCACACCUACCUCGCCGGGGCGCGCGAACUCAAGCGCCUGGAGAACACGUCGAAGAGCCCCAUCUUCGAGCAGUUCGGCUCCUGCAUCCGCGGCCUAACCACCAUCCGGGCCUUUGGGAGGAUCGACGAAUACAUCCGGAUCAUGCACGGCAGGAUCAACGAUCACGCGCGGGCGUCGUGGAAUCUGUGGCUCCUCAACAGCUGGCUGACCCUGCGCCUGAGCCUCGUGGUGGCCGUCUUCUCAACCUUCACAGCCGCCGUGGUGGUGUACAUGGAGAGCGUUCCGGCGUCCCUCGCCGGCCUGAUCCUCAGCCUGGUGCUCCGGUACAGCUACAUCAUAGCCAUGGCCGUGAAGCAGUAUUCCAACGUCGAGAUGGACAUGUGCGCCGCCGAGCGGGUGAUUGAGUACGCCAACAUCGAGACGGAAGACCAGGGCGGGAGGGAAGUGCCGGCCGCCUGGCCCACGGAAGGCCGGCUGGAGGUACACGACCUCGUGGCCGGCUACUCGCCCGAGCUUCCCCCUUCGCUGGACGGGCUCACCUUCGCGAUCGAGCCAAACCAGCGCGUCGGCGUGGUGGGGCGCACAGGCGCGGGGAAGUCGUCGCUAGCCCUGGCCCUGUUCCGCUUCCUCGAGGCUCGUCAGGGCCAGAUCUACAUCGAUGGCGUCGACGUGUCGCAGAUCCGCCUUCGCGACCUCAGGAGCCGCCUCGCUAUCAUCCCUCAGGAUCCCGUACUGUUCUCUGGGACUGUGAGGUCUAACUUGGACCCUUUCGGCGAGUACGGCGAUGUGGAACUGUAUCAGGCUUUGGAGGGAGUUAACUUGGUUCGCUCGGACACGGCGCUAAAGGCGGCGGCGAGCGGUAGCGGUGAGAGGCAAGACAACGUGUUCCCUUCCUUGACAAGUUCCGUGGCGGCAGGGGGACUCAAUCUCUCCCAGGGCCAGCGGCAGCUGUUGUGUCUUGCUCGCGCCGUCCUCUCGCGGCCCAAGAUCCUCGUCAUGGACGAGGCGACGUCGGCGGUGGAUAUGGAGACGGAUACAUUGAUUCAGCAAUCUCUGCGCUCCGAGUUCGGUCGCAACGCUACUACCUUGCUUGUCAUAGCCCACCGACUGAGCACUGUCGCUGAUUUCGAUCGGAUUUUGGUCGUGGAGGCGGGGAAAUUGGUUGAAUUUGACAGUCCGAGGGAGCUGAUGAGCAUACCCGGCGGUGUAUUCAGAGGGCUCGUUGAGAACAGCGGCGAGAGGGAUCUUUUGGAGCGCGUCAUUCUCGGCGAGACUAGCACACAGUAAGCUUGGUAUGGAGCAGGGUUGAAGGAGCCAAGGAGGACGGUUUCUUCUUCUGAUGGUAGUUAAUCAGUAUCCAUGUUGAGAGAUGAGGGACUAUGUAGCCAUGAUUUCUCACGUUACAAUUCCCG